UGGGGGCAUCGAUGUUUGCCAUGUGCCAACCAGAAUCCCCCCUCCAUCCACAGCUCAGUGAGGCCAAGGGAAAUUCACAGCAGGAUGUGAUCUACCUUAGCAAAAAGGACUGCCAUCCAGACAAGAACCUCAACUUCAUGGAUGAGGAGUCCUACAAGAGUAACGAAAACCCGAGCCAACCCAUAUCAAAGUUGCCAGUGCAAGACGAAUGGGAGCAGUGGAGUGACAAUGGGGUAAAGAAGGCAUCUGAGAAUCUGAUUGAUCUAGUGCACCAACAGAAAGCAGAGAGCAGCUCUGGAGACAUUCCUCAGGACCUAAAGUCCAGUGACAAGUUCCUGGGCUUAGAGGAGGAGAAGGAAGGAGAAGAGGAGGACGUCCGUAGACCACCUGAAGGUGCUGAGGUCAGGAGUCCAGAACAGGAGACCAACAGCCAGGUGAAGGUAAAAGAAAGAAGGAAUCUGGCCAGCUCUCCUUUAGAAGAUAAUGGUUAUUCUAGCAGUUCUCUGAGUAUUGAUAGUCCUGAGAGUGGUGUCACCAAUGUUUGGAAGACACCCUCUGUCACUGCUGAAGACUGGACAUGUAAUGCUGAGCAGCAAGCAUCCUGUGCUGACUUUGAUAACUCUUCCUCUAGUUCUGAGACCUUCUUCCCAGCACUGAGUGACACUUUCUGGAACCUGCAGGAGAAGAAGUUCAAAGAGUGGGAGAAACAGAAACAUCAUGUCCACUUAGUGAUGUACCGCCGCCUGGCUUUGCUCCGCUGGAUUCGCAGCCUCCAGCAGAAGGUUGUUGACCAGCAAAAUCGGCUUCAGGAGAGCUUUGAUACUAUCCUGGACAACCGCAAAGAACUUAUCCGAUAUGUCCAGCAAGGCACGGUGCACACCAAAACCCCAAUUCAGGGAGAAUUGUAAAAGACAGCUCCCCCCCUCCUCCAUCUUUUGAUUUCUUAGCUUGGCCUCCCAUAUAAGGGUCAUCAGGAUCACAGCUUGCUUGCAAAGUUUCCCCCAUGGACUUUCUCAUGAUUGAUGUUCCUCCUAGAACACAUCAGCAGGUCAUCAGCCAUAGACAUCCCAAGGCAUGUUAUUUAUGUGGACAUAUACUUUUUUCAAGAGAUUUUCCAUGGUGUGUGGCUUUUGUGGGUCAAUGUAAAUACAACUUACAAUGAAAUGAAAUAAGAGAUGCAGAUGGUCCUAUGACAAGUAGAACCUAUGGUUAUGGAGAAAAACUGAAAAAUCUUUGGCAUAUAUGUUUAUAAGAUACUUGUUCAGCAUCUGAGAUGGAAAGAAGCUUGGAAUGGGAACUUUAUGGGCUAGUGGUCAAAGCUUUGUGCUACUAAUUGGAAGACAGAAUGUCAGAUGCUUCAAACCGUGAUACAACUUACAUGGCCUGAAAUCCUUAUGAUACAGAAGAGGUAGUUCUGUGCCAUUGUUUGAUAACCACCCCAAACUGGCUAAAUUUCUGUUCUUCCAGGCCAUUUCCAUACUCUUUGUCUCAUUUGCCACCCAUAUUAGCUUCUUAGCUACUUCCCCAUCCUUCUUGCCAGGAACAAUGGGUUUUUAGUGGGUUUGCUAUCCAAGCUUUCUAUCCUAGCUCACCACUUCUGCUUCCAGGUGCCUGCAACUUUUUAAGCCCUUCAAGUUCACUGGUCAGUUGACCAAACCCAAUUUGUUUAUGUGCUGUUUUUUUGGUGUGGUAGAAUGUCAAACUUAGCAUGAAAAGAACAUCUCCUAGUUCUUCAGUGUCAUCUGCUGACCUCAGUUGGUUCCAGUUACCUUCAAGGCUUAUAUGUUUCACCCAGCAUCUUUUGGAGGUGAAAUUCAUCCUUAAAAUGUUUUUACAUAACAUUUAUUUUAACCUUUCCUUCCUGCAGAUGACUCUAUCAAUAACAUGGGUACAGAUAUAUAGAUGUACAUUUCCAGUGUCAGGAAUCAUAUUGCAGAAGUCCUUCUCAAACUGAAAAAGAAAACAGAAGGUUUAACGUUUUUGGCUCCUCGGUGUAAAGAGAAUUGUGUGUUGCUUUUCUAUAUUUUUUUACAGAAGAAAUGUAUUGCAAGGUGUAGUAUGGCUAGAAUGGGGUGGGAGAAUUGGAUAAUGGUAUAAACUGACUUUACUGAUUGUAGCAGUUGAAUAAUGAUUGUUCUCACUAGUGCAAAUCAGGAGUGAUAUGCGCGUUCUUUGAAAAAGGAGAAAAAUGUCUAUUUGGAGAUGUACUUUGCAUCUUGAUUAGUAAGCUGGUACCUAAGACUUGUGCUGGAUAAAAUAAAUAAGACGACAGAGCGAGAAUGCAGUUGACAAUGCACUGAAUGUGAAAUUUCCAUCGAUUUUGCUUGUGUGUAUUAUGUCUAGGCAGAUGCUCUACCAUAAGGUUUCUUUGUUAAGAAAGAAGCUGUUGGGAAUACAGGUUGCACUUUAAAAUGUUUUGUUUUUUUUAAUGUGUGUGAAGGUUGAGAUCUCUACAGUUUAAAUAGGGUUCAGCAAAGGUUUUCUGCAAAGGGCCAGAUUCCGCCCCUCUUCCACCUCUGUGGCUGGCAGGUCUGCAGGUCAAGGAGUGUGGUAGCUAUUGGAUGGUGCUGGCCCACCAGCAAGGAGGCCGCUGACAGACUGCCACUGCCAGGAAGCCUUGGUCCCAGCCCUUGGCCCCGGCCCUUGCUCCAGGAAGUUGGCUGAGGCUCGGGACCUCUCCAUUCUUAGUUCGUAGGCUGUAGAAAAACAAGUGGCAGGCCGGAUUUGGCCCACAGACUAUAAUUUGCCAACUGUUAGACCUAGCCCAAGGAACUCCAAGAGACCAUGCAAAUUCAGUCCAGCUAUGUUUAUUAGCUACAACCUCUAGCAA